GAUAUGCCCAUGACUAUGGCGGCAUCAGUGGUUCUGGAUCAUCUACCCCGCGAUGCUCAUACCGCACUCGCAAAAGCUGGACUCUUGGAACAGGACAAAAUUCUCCUCCACUUCCGCCCCGGUCCCUCGACUCCACCUCUUCCCCGCAACAUACAGAAAUACAAAAUGUCUUCAUCGUUGCACUUCGAUGCCAUUAUCAAAUUCCUGCGCAAGAAGUUGCAGCUACAGAAUCAUGAAAGUGUGUUUUGCUAUGUGAAUCAGGUGUUUGCGCCGGGAUUGGAUGAAGGGGUGGGCAAUCUUUGGAGGUGCUUUCGGACGGGUGAGGAGUUGGUGGUUACGUAUUGUUUGGCGCAGAGUUUUGGUUGA